AUGUCUCCAAAGGCAUUAUCAGCACAGGUGUUACUAAUAGCCUUUCUACUCCUCCUCGUCCCUUCAUCAGCCGAAAACGAAACCGAUGGCGAGUCCCGUUGCAAUUGCGAGGAAGACGUUGGUUUCUGGACGAUCGAGACCAUCCUCAACUGCCAGCGAGUGAGCGACUUCAUGAUCUCGGUAGCCUACUUCUCGAUCCCAAUCGAGCUCGUUUACUUCCUCAGCUUCUCCACAAUCCCGUUCAAAUGGGUCAUCGUCGAGUUCAUUGCCUUCAUUGUCCUCUGCGGCAUGACCCACUUCCUCAAUGGCUGGACCUACGGACCCCACCCUUUCCAAAUCAUGCUUGCCUUAACCGUCUUCAAAUUCCUCACAGCCAUGGUCUCGUUCGCCACCGCAAUUACCCUCCUCACCCUCCUCCCGCUUCUGCUGAAAAUAAAAGCAAGAGAGCAUUUGUUAAAAAAAAAGGCGUGCGACCUCGACCGCGAGGUCGCCAUAAUCAUGAAGCGUAAAGAGGCCGGCUUACACGUCCGUAUGCUGACUCAGGAGAUCCGCAAGUCUCUCGACCGUCACACGAUCCUCCACACGACCCUCGUCGAGCUCUCCAAGCUUCAGCUCGUCCGUCAUCCCUUACGGCGACGCGGACGUGCUCGAGGUGAAGAAGGGCGGAGNGCGGGGCCCGGCCCGCCGGGCGCGGUGGCGGCCGUCCGCCUCCCGAUGCUCCGCGUCGCCAACUUUAAAGACGGCGGCACGCCGGAGAUGGUCCCGCAGUGCUAUGCAGUCCUCGUCCUCGUGCUGCCGAGUUGUACCGAGGAAAGUGAAGAAGUCGCGGGCCAGCGGUCGUGGGGCCCGCAGGAGCUCGGGAUCGUGGAGGCCGUGGCCGACCAGGUGGCGGUGGCCGUCUCGCACGCGGCAGUGCUGGAGGAGUCGCAGAGCAUGCAGGAGAGGCUGGCCGAGCAGAACCGGGCGCUGGAGGUCUCGAGGCAGGACGCGCUCAUGGCGAACCUGGCGCGGGCUGCGUUCGAGCGGGUGAUGAGUUACGGGCUGCGGAGGCCCAUGCACUCGGUUCUUGGGCUUCUGUCUGUGCUGCAGGGGGAUGGGGGUCGGCUUGGAGUGGACCAGCGGCUGCUCGUGGACGCGAUGGUUAAGACGGGUGGGGUUCUCUCGGUUUUGAUUGGGGAUGUGAUGGGUGCGUCGGGAAGGGUUCGGGCCGGGCCGAGGAGGAUGGAAAUGAAGAUGUUUGGAAUGCACGCGAUGAUUAGGGAGAUUGCGUGUCUUGCGAAAUGCUUGUGUGCGUAUGUGGGGUAUGGUUUUGUGGUUGAGGUAGAGAGGGAGCUGCUGGACAAUGUGAUGGGAGAUGAGAGGAGAGUGUUUCAGGUGAUUCUGCAUAUGGUGAGGCAUUUGUUGGACUCGGGUGGUGGGAUUGGGAUUGGAGGAGGGUGCCUUACGCUCAGGGCUUACUCGGUGGGGGGGUGGAGUGAGCAGAGCUGGGGGCAGUGCAUGGGGAGCUCGUCUGAUGGGUAUGUGCAUGUGAGGUUUGAGGUUGGAAUUUGUUGGGGUGGGUCGUCUUUGUCGGAUGGCGGGCUUCAUAUGGCUGCUGAGCACAGUGGAAGGUUGGGGGAGAGCUUGAGCUUUCUGGCGUGCAAGAAGCUUGUUAAGCAGCUAAUGCAAGGUGAUGUCUGGGUGAGUUCCAACCCAGAAGGGUUCUAUCAGAGCAUGAUCCUCGUCCUCCGAUUUCACGUCCCCUCAUCUUUGGCCUCCGAGCAGUUGGAAAACUCAAACUCCAUCUUCCACGGCCUCAGGGUCCUCCUGGUCGACCCGGAUGACUUGAACCGGACCGUGACCCGGAAGCUUCUAGAGAAACUGGGCUGCGCUGUCUCAUCUGUCUCCUCCGGAUACGAGUGUCUAAAUGCUGUGGGCCCCGACAUGUCAUCGUCUUCCUCAUGCCAGGUCGUGCUUUUGGACCUCCAGCUGCCUGAUCUGGACGGGUUUGAGGUCAGCACAAGGAUUCGGAAGUUUCGGAGCCGUAAUUGGCCGCUGAUUGUGGCCUUGACAGGGAAUGACGAGAGUGAUGUGGCGGAAAGGUGUGUGGGGUCUGGGAUGAACGGCUUCAUUCAGAAGCCAGGUACUCUGCAAGAGAUCUCAGAUGAGCUUAAGCGCAUCUUGAUGCAGGUGAAAUGGAUUUAGUGCAUUAGGAUGGGGAUGAAUGGGUCCCUGUAAGAAUAAAACGACGUAAGAUAAUUGUGAUAUUUGCAAUAAAGGUAGCUAGCUUGUGAAAAAAAAUGGUAUAGAAAAUUUAUACUGUCUUGGGUUCGCUUUUCUGUUGUUGAGGGUUGAAUCCACACGUCGGCUGCUAACUAAACUGGAGCCUUCGUAAUUUGAUCUUUGAAGUUUGGAAAUAUUCGUUACGGUCUUUGAAGUGUGUGAUUGGUUGCAGCUUAUGGACUGGACCAACCAUAAGUUGACAUGUGUGAGUGAGCUUAUGCUAGGUUCAAGUCAAAACUCCAGUGGAGUUGAGAGAUAUAUGUUUAGAGGAGGGAUUUGUGGGGAAGUGAAAUUUCGAAAGUUCAGUAGACAAAGUGUGACACUGUACUGUGAUGCUGCUUGCUUGUGUUCUUCGAGAAACAAAUGGCUGGUGUGUAACGUAAUGCAUGUGAUUUGGGUACUUGAAAAUGCUGUUUGCUUUCUUCUUCUGGCUGUUUCUUUUACAAAUUCCAAUUUUGAUUCAUUAAGUUUUUUUUUUUUUUAGUUAA